AUGAUUGCUCCAAAAGCAGAUCGAGAAAACCCUGUAACGUGGCUUAUGUCUGUUGCUCGGACGUCAUACUCUGGACCGUUGCAGGGUGAUCAUCAGCAUCGUCACAAGCCUGUAGCGAUGGCGACCUUGGAGGGAACACACAAGUACCUCACCGACGCCGCGAAAAGGGCCCACGCAAUUUCCAAGGGUAUUCGGGCUAAGCCUUGGAACACUACAUCGGCUCGGACGGCAACAGAUCUCAAAAAUGACGCGUCGCAGUCCAGCGGAACCCUUGUUUGUAACCUCUUGACCACAUCGAUAGAAACUCCGCAACCGUAUAAAGCGCUCUCCUACACAUGGGGAACCGAGGACAAGACCAGUUUCCUGGAGCUAUCAGGAGCCCAACUCAAUAUCACACCAUCUCUAUACACUGCUCUUCUACAUAUCGCCAGCUGGCAGGAAGUCUUACAUCUCUGGGUCGAUCAAGUAUGCAUCGAUCAAAGUAAUGGCGACGAGAAGGGAGACCAGGUAUUGCUCAUGGCAGACGUAUACAGCAAGGCUCAGCAAACUCUCGUCUGGCUAGGUCCGGCUGCGGAUAGAUCAGAUGAGCUGAUGGAUCUGUGGCUUUAUGUUGGUCGUCGAGCGGAAGCCAUGGGAUUCGAUGGCUACUUCACCAAGGAGAAAAAGCAUAUCCUACUUGCAGUCUUGGACAACCAUCCUGUGGACGAUCCUUUAUCAGAACCCUAUCGCCAGCUUGUUGAUGAAACCCGACUCCGGUUUGAGGAUCUGAUGCAGGCAAUGGCUGAUUUUGACGAGAGGCCCUGGUUUCAUCGUUUGUGGGUUGUCCAGGAGGUCAGCUUGUGCCCCGACACAGUGUUUGUGUGCGGGACAAAGAUGGUUCCAGUCGACUUCGUCAGACAUGCAAGCAAUGUUUUCACCUCGGCGUUGAAGCAUUCUAGGAAUUCCAAUCGCGACCAGAGCUUCCAUAAUCUCCUUUUGCAAGCACAAGCGCACCGCAUUAUGCCUCUUUUGAGCACACGACGGCGUCGACAGAAUUUCGCAAAGGGCUGUGGAGAGGGCGAUGGGCUGUUCCACCUGCUCAGAAAGCUCUUUGUUGAGAGCGAAACGAAUGCCACUCAAAAUCGAGAUCGCAUAUACGGGCUGCUAGGGCUAGCUGUUGACGCCAAACAACUGGAUAUCAAACCAGACUACAUCAGUUCGGAAGCGGGUCCGAUUUUUACAAACGCGGCGCGAGAAAUGAUAAAAAAGGGCCGUAUUGAGCUCUUAAGCUUCUCCCAGUUCCCAAAAGAACAUGGUCUCGAAGGUCUCGCGACUUGGGCCCCGGACUGGCGGCCGAACCUUGCAUCGUCCUUCUAUACCAUCUUUGAGUUCGCAGAAGAUCAUCUGUUUAGUGCAUCGGGAAGUACCAGCAUCUCUCUGUUGCCUACCGAUGACGAGAAAGUGCCUGAUGAAAAAGAGCUUGCCAUCCGAGGAUACGUGGUGGACACAAUCGAAGAAGUCGGGACUGUUUGGCAUGCUUCCGAUAACCAUGUGUCGUAUCUACGUUUGUUCGAAACGAUCAAAGAAUUUUGCACAAAGUCUGCUGCAAAGGACGAGCCCAUCUACGAGAACUCGUUACGUCGGGCGGAAGCAACGUGGCGUGUGCCAGUCGGCGAUCUCUACUGGACUCCCGAGUUGGACAAUGUCCGUGCUACCAAAGAGCUUGUUGAAGACAAGUAUCACGAUUGUGUCAGGCUCUCCGAGGUCAUAGCAGGAGGAAAAGAGGUAUUGACGAGAGAAGAGGUACACCGGCUUCUAGCUGGGAGAUACCGUGGUAACAUGAGUGUCAUGGAUGGCAAACGCCCUUACAUCACUCGAAAAGGUUAUCUCGGGAUGUGCCCUGGAUUGGCGAUUGAGGGCGAUGUCGUGGUCAUCUUCUGUGGCGCUAAGAUUCCCUACGUUUUAAAACCACAGCCAGAAGUAGACAAGUAUACCUUUGUUGGCGAGGCUUACUGCGACGGGAUGAUGGACGGUCAGAUUCUAGAGCGUGGACAAGAAGCUUCUUUCUAUAUUCAGUAG